AAAGGAAGGGGGCGGAGACGUCACACCGGAAUAUAAGUGAUGAGAUGCCUCAGAGACCCAGAGACUGAACCAGAGCGCCAGCAAAAACUUUCACCGUAGAUUGGCUUGACCUGAGACCAACUAGAAGAACCUUCUGAAAAAAGAUGAAUUCUGAAGAUUGUUGCAUAACAGAGAACAGCUCUUUGCAUCUGGAGAAAGGACAAGAAAACAGUGCUGCCAGCUCCCACUUUGUAACCCACCAUGAAGGCUCUCUUCUGGUUCCUGUCCCAUGUGCUGUACUGAAUGUGGUCUUCAUCACCAUUUUAAUCAUCGCUCUCGUUGCCCUAUCAGUGGGCCAGUACAACUGUCCAGGCCACUACAUGUACUCGGGGCCAUCAGAGAGCCAUGUUUCUCCUUGUCCUGGUGACUGGGUUGGAUACCAGAAGAAAUGCUACUUUAUUUCCACUGAUACGGGGACCUGGACCUUGGCUCAAAACUCUUGUGUUAAAUAUGAUGCUUCUCUUGCUGUCAUUGAUUCUGAAAAGGACCUGAUCUUCCUGAAACAACUUGUGGGUAGAGAUGAACACUGGAUAGGACUAGAAAACAAAGCUGGUCAGAGAUGGAAAUGGUCAACUGGCAAAGAAUUUAACAACUGGUUCAACAUUACAGGGUCUGAGAACUGUGCAUUUCUGAACAGCACAGAGGUGAGCAGUACGGAAUGUGACAAGAAUUUACACUGGAUCUGUAGCAAACCCUCCCAAUAGUGAGGAAACAUUUACGUACAGACUCUUACAUCACAAAUUAGAGGAAAUUUGUGUCAAUGGAUGCUGCUCUAUGGUCAAAAGUCUUCCCUCAAGACUAGCAAAAAAAACUUGGUGUUGUCUUGGAAAUCUUUUUCGAAGCAGAACUGUGAAAAAAAA